AUAGUGAUGAGCCAGUUAAGAAGAAGUUUGGAAAGGCUACAAGGAAGGGAAGAAAAAUGAAAUGUUCUGUGUGUAAGACUUUUGGACAUAAUAAGACAGGAUGUCCAACUCUGAAAAAUGUUGGUGCUGGAACAAGUGAUGCAAGUGUUGGAACUUCAAAUGUUGCCACUAGAACUCCAUGUGCAGGUACAAGUGAAGGUCCAAGGGAUGUUCCAUGUGCAGGUCCAAGUACAGGUCUAAGGGCAGUUCCAAGGGCAGGUCCAAGUGCAGGUCAAAGGGAAGUUCCAUGUGCAGAUCCAAGUGUAGGUUCUAGGGCAGUUUCAAGUGAAGGUCCAAGGGAAGUUCCAUGUUCAGAUCCAAGUGCAGGUCCUAGGGCAGUUUUAUGUGAAGGUCCAAGGGAAGUUCUAUGUGCAGGUCCAAGGGCAGUUCCAAGUUUCACUCAACAAUCAACUUCUAGUGCAACUGGCCAAAAAAGAAAAACUAGCACAACUUUGAGAGGAAGUGCAUCUCUUGACUAUAAGAAACCAAGACAAAAACAAGCGAAGACAACUGAGAGGUCUGAAAAUACUGAUAGGGUAUUACAUAGUGCUACAUUGACAUGUUCAACUCCUACCAAUAUUGAUCUUGGUUACAAACCCAAAGGACUAAGGUGGAAGGGAAGAGCUGCAAUUACUCAAAGGCAGCUACGAGAGGAAAGUUACAGAAGCACUCAAGGCACACCAAGCACUCAAGUCACUCAAGGAACACAUUAG